AUGAAGCUCUCUACUGCCUUGGUUUUCCUCGCCUGCGCCCUGUUCGAGGUCGCCACCGCUGGGCCUGCGCUGCUCGGCGGCGCCCUCUACGGUGGCCCCAACGAAGUCCUUGAUGACCGCGGUUUCCAUUCGUGGAGCGAAACCGCACCUCACGUCGGCGAGGUCGAUGCCGAGAAAGACGUUGAGACGCGCGAACACCACGUCGAUGGUCUUUAUGCCUUGGAAGAAGAUGUUGAGUGUAUGAAAUGUUCUGACCUCUAA